GACGCUACAGCUUCUCUCACCAGGGUGGAGAUGGGCCUUUACCUAUGAAUGCGAGAAGUUAUGGCAGAAGACGAGGUCACUCCUCUCUGUUCCCCAUGGAGGACGAACGCUCUUUCGGAGAGGACGAGUCAGGUGACCAGGGGCUUGCUGGCCUUGGUUCGGCCCACUGUUUCCCCCACCUCAAUGGUGAACGUGUGGAGCGAUAUUCUCGCAAAGUGUUUGUUGGAGGGCUGCCCCCAGACAUAGAUGAAGAUGAAAUCACUGCCAGUUUCCGCCGAUUUGGUCACUUGUUCGUCGACUGGCCCCACAAGGCAGAGAGCAAGUCCUAUUUUCCACCAAAAGGAUAUGCAUUCCUGCUGUUUCAAGACGAGAGCUCUGUUCAGGCCCUGAUUGACGCCUGUAUUCAGGAGGACGGCAAGCUGUACCUGUGUGUCUCCAGUCCCACCAUCAAAGACAAGCCUGUUCAGAUCCGACCCUGGAACCUAAAUGACAGUGAUUUUGUAAUGGAUGGCUCUCAACCAUUGGACCCGAGGAAAACUAUCUUCGUAGGAGGUGUCCCUCGUCCCCUGCGUGCAGUGGAGCUUGCCAUGAUCAUGGACCGUCUGUACGGGGGAGUGUGUUACGCUGGGAUCGACACAGACCCUGAACUCAAGUAUCCAAAAGGGGCGGGCCGAGUAGCCUUCUCCAAUCAGCAAAGCUACAUUGCAGCCAUUAGUGCCCGAUUUGUUCAACUGCAGCACGGGGAGAUUGAUAAACGG